AUGAAUAGUCUAAUACCAGGUGCAUCACCAGGAAGUAGUGGGAACAGUGCAUUUGGUGGCUAUUCGUCAUGCAGUACACCAGAAGUUGAUGUUGUUGCAUGCACACCUUGCCCGCAACAACGGGUCACCGAUGAUGAUCAAAAAAGAUAUUUUUGUCAACGAUGCUUAAAUCAUGCACAAGAACAUCCUCGUAAAGGACAUAAACCAUUUUGCCAAUAUGCUAAUUGUGAAUGUGCCGAUUGUCGAAUGGUGGAAGAACGACGACGUCUAAAUAAUAUGUUAAGUUUGCGAAGAUUAGAUUCAAGUAAUCAGGGAUCAGAUCGUUCAAAUACUGGCAAAAAAAUUCGAGAUCCCAAAUGUGCUUUGUGUUCUGCUCAUGGUAAUAAACAACCACUUAGAGGUCAUAAAAAAGCUCAAUGUCCAUUUUUGAAAUGUGGUUGUCAUUUAUGUGGUUUGGUUGAAAAUCGACGAACCUUAAUGGCACGUCAAAUUAAAUUACGACGUGAUCAACAAAAACAACGUAAAGCUCAGCUGAAAGCUGCUACAUCGAACAAUUUAAUACAGGAACAAUCAAAUGCAACUACCCUUGGAUCAGAAAAAUUUUUCACAUCAAUUAAUAGUUUACAAAAGAAAAAUGAACCAGUACGUGUCCCACCAUAUAUGCCAGUUAUUAUAAAACCACAAAUAGUAAAGCCUCAAUUGCCUGUUCCAGUUAUUAUUCAGCCAACACCCAUAUUGCCUACCGCUACCGCUACCACUCCUACACCGAUAUUUGUUUCACCGGUCGAUAACAUUGAUCUACACUUUUUACCUUCAAAUUAUCAUCAUCAACUGGUAAAUCCGAUGCCGUUUCAUUUUGCACCAGUUUUACCAUGCGUGCCAACGAUACCGUUUUUAUCAGCUCCAUGA